GAGAUCGUGGACUCGGUGCGCGGGGGGCGCGUGGCGGCACCGGGGGUGUCAGUCAGUCACGGCCCAUCUGCCCACCAUCGAGCACAUAACGAUUUCGAGCCAUGAGGACGCAUCAGCUGCGGCUCGCAUCGCCUGGAAUGUAGUCGUUCGAGAGGAGGAGAAAGAUCCGCAAAAGGAGACAAAAGAGGGAGAGGGAGAGAGGGAGGAGGCGUUCACACGUGGAGGAACCGAACGUGGCGAGGGAGGAAUCGAGCGGAAAUAAGGGUGACAGGCAGGGACAUGCAAAUGUCCCCGUCGAGCUUCCGUGAAAUCUACCCACGAGAGCCGAGAGGAAACAGAGACAGCGACGCGAGACGUCGCUCGACCGCUGUCACGAUUCCGCGAUAAAAAACUCCCUCGUAGAGCGAGGGAUACCCGGAUCUCGAUCAAAGCCCCCUGGCUGUGUUUACUUACCCUAAAAAAAAAAAAAAAAAAAAAAAAUCGUAAUCGAUAGUGUUCAAACGAUCUCGUCUCUUCGGUCGACGUAUGCACAUUUCGAGGAUUCAUAGGAAGAAACGACACUGAUACGGUGAGAAGAGAGGGGUGGUGGUGGAUCGAGAAGAGACGAGGGUCAAUAUAUAGUUAUAGUCUAGCAGAUAUAUGGGGAGAAGAGGGAGGGAGAAGAGGAGGAAUCAUCCAGAUAUAUCCGCGUAGUACAAACGUAGGAAAGAAGAAGAAGAAGAAGAAGAAGAUAUUCAAAAUUACAAGCACACACACACACACUCGUCGUAUGUCAAUCGUAUCGAUACGUAUCGUAGCUAAGUAAAAGAAACUUCCAAUAAUAACCCUCGAUAUAAUAUCAACGAUAAUCCGUGUGAUCGAGAAGCAAUAAAAGGAUAGCGAAGAAAAAAAAUAAAAAGAGAGGAAAGAAUCUCUCGAAACUCGUAUUCGUAAGUAUAUUCGCGUAAGAGAAUCCCGCGUAUUUAUAUAUUUCGUUCGGCUGUGGUAUCGUAUAUCUCGCGUGUGUCUAUCGCGGGGGAAGAAAGAAGAGAAAGGGGGAAAAAAAGUCGUAUCGUGAAUCUCGAAGGGAGCUGCCCGAACGGGGGGGGAGUGCAUCGACAGGAUGGCGUUCGCCGCGGCGAGAAUGAUCCUGAAAGACAAGAGGCGGAAGACAAGCAAGGAGGAUUUCGGAGGACCAAGGAAUAGGAGCAAGGCCCGCAGCGCCAGUACAAGUAGCUUUAGAAGCCUGAGCCAGGCUCGCAACAAACCAGCAGAUGGAGUGGGCCACGUGAACCAAAAGGGCUCGACAGGUCAAAAAGCGCCGCUGACAGCCGGGCAGAAGGUGGCGCCCGGUGCGAAAGUUGCGGCGAAACCAGCUCAGAAACCCACUGCUCAGAAGGGGCAAGUAAAGGUUACGCCUAAGGCGGCUUCCGUCAAGACUGGGAAGAAUAAGAAGAAGGGGCAGAGGCAGCAGUACGACCUAAUCGUGACCAUCAAUUUGUCUGAAUAUGGACUCACGGAGGAUCAAGUGGCGGAGUUCAAGGAGGCGUUCAUGCUGUUCGACAAGGACGAGGACGGCACGAUCACGAUGGCGGAGCUCGGCGUGGUGAUGAGAUCUUUAGGGCAAAGGCCGUCCGAGACGGAAUUGCGAGAUAUGGUGAACGAGGUGGAUCAGGAUGGGAACGGUACCAUCGAGUUCAACGAGUUCUUGCAAAUGAUGUCGAAAAAGAUGAAGGGCGCCGACGGGGAGGACGAGUUGCGCGAGGCGUUCAGAGUGUUCGACAAGAACAAGGACGGGCUGAUCUCGUCGAAGGAGUUGCGACACGUGAUGACGAACCUUGGGGAGAAAUUGUCGGAGGAGGAGGUGGACGAUAUGAUCAAGGAGGCGGAUCUGGACGGCGAUGGAAUGGUGAAUUAUGAAGAAUUCGUGACAAUCCUGACGUCGAAGAAUUAGUUGAGUGGCCACGGGUCGAACUAGAAGCUAUAUCCAGCUGCCGGAAGUCUUCGUCGAAGAACAGAGAAACUCAAACCCGUCGUCGUCAAGUUCCUCCCCAAAUAUCGUAGCAAGAUGGGAACCCCUUCCCUCGAACCCCCACUUUGAUCGAGAAACACCGAUGAAGAAAGUAGCGAGCGAGAGAAUCAGAGAAAAUUGGAAAAGAAUCGAAGAAAAUAAAAAAACCGCUUGAAGAGGAUCGAUCGAUCGAUCGUUCGAUUUAUGGCGUAAGGGUAAGUGAUUAUCGAAAGACUGGUUAUCCUGGAGAUCGGUGUCUCGAGCGGUGGGGUGACGGGCGACAGGAUGCUAGGUUAAGCGGAGAGAAAAAGAGAAAGAAUAGGCGAGGGUGACUUCCGCAGUUGCACACGCAUACACGCAUACACACCUCGCUCCUUCGAAUUAAUUUUACAAUUGUAUAAGCUAGCGGAAACGACAUUAUACAUGUACGAAAACGAGUGAGGUGCUCGCUCCCGAAACAAUCAACUGAGCUUCGUUUUAGCGUUUAACCUACUACUACUCUAUACUCUCUAUUAAUGCUAUACAAUACGUCGUUAUUGAAUAUUGUUAGGAAUCGAUCCUUUGUCCAUCCUUUCGCCGAUCUCAUUUACACGAUAUUUCUGGCAUGACUCGUCUCGUCCCCUAAUCAAGCGGAUCGCAUCUCGUCGAUGAUGGCCUAAAAAUGUAAUAAUUGUCUCUGGGACGCGAGAUGGCGUGGAAUAGAGUACAAAAUAGAGCGAGAUCGCUCGUCACGUUGGAGGAGGUUGCGAGUUUAAGAUAUUCGCGAGAAUUGCGUGAAUUAAUGAUAAUUUUGAGAAGAAAAGAAGGAUCGAAAAGUGAUAUUUUCGAUGAUACAUUGGGAUGAUCCACGGUGAGACGAAGAAGAGGAAAGCUUGCCAUCACUUUUCACACUUUUAUCGAUCGGUAUUGUUCCUCCAAAUUUUUGUAGAUUCGCUUUUAAACGAAUCCUUCCCCUCCCCCCGUCCCUUCCCCUGGCUCGUUGUCGAGUCGAAUUUCGGGUAACAUUAAUUGUCAUUAACAUUUUAGCCGCGGGACUCGACGCGAGAUAGCUCUAAUAACUGAUCUGUCUUCAAAUCUAGAUGAAUGUCUAUCGUUGACAAGUAGGUUAGCUCUAUGAUACCGUGAUAUAUUCUCGCGGCGGAAUCGCGCAUUUAUAGAAUCGCAUGUUUAUCGCGGUUGCAGGAAAGCGAAAAAAGAAUCAAAGCAAACGUAGCGGAUCUUUUCCUUAAAUGUACCAAUCGUAGGAGUUUUUAGUUCGCCAAAAAUCUUUUGUACCGGAUAUCUUUCUUUUUUUUUUUUCCCUUUUCUCUCUCAGACGAAGAGCUGAAUAAAAUCUCGUGAGUCUGUAUCGCUCUUGUUGUUAGUCCCGAGUUUAGAUUCACGUCCACGUUCGAACAACAAACUCCUAUAUAUAUAUAUAUAUACCGAAACACCGUCCACCUAAGAAACCACCUCGGCAUUCGAUACACCCCUCCCCCACCACCCGUAAAGCCAAUUGUAUUACGUCGUGCACCUUUAGAUCCUUAAGAUAAGAAGCCACAGCCGUAGGCCGCGAUAGAGGAUAGUUAAUUAGCGCAAUUAGGAGGAAGUACGUACACGUAACAAAUGAUGCAUUAUACACAUAUACCUAUUAUAUAUACCUAUACAUGGUGUUACUACCAAAGGAUAAUUGAAGUAACGUUAUUAUUAUGGAUAUUCGUAUAUAUUUAGUAUAUACUUAUACAUACAUACAUACGUACAUAUUAUUAUAUAUACAUAUACACGUAUUGUUAGCUACGUACGUCGGUGGUAUAUACUGGCAUUGAUAUUUUUAUGGUUUUAAAAAAAUACAACAACAACAACAAGAACAAGAAGAAUAAAUAUUAGUGUCAGAAAGAGAGAGAGCGAGAGAGCGAGAGAGAAAAUGUGAGAAUGAAUGAGAGAGAGAGAGAGAGGGAAAAAAAUAGGAAUGAAAGGGAACGAGAGAAAGAAAUUAUUGGCCGGUUGGGUCGAAGCGUGUGUACAUAAAGAAAACAUUCAGAGAGGGAGUUACGGGAUAAAAAUAAUAAGAAAGAGCUCUUACGAACGCGUAUUAAAGGGGAUACAUUCGUUUUAUUCCUUGAAAAAAAUAAGUGUCGACGGAUGGUAUGCGAAUAAUUAUUAUUAUCGUUAUCGUUGGUCACACGAAGCGGUGAUUUCACGCAGAUACAUCGUAUACACGACAUACACAUAGAGAUAGACAAUAAUUGUGUUUUUUAGUUAAGUGAUACGCAUAUACAGUUACACAUUGUUACUAAACGUUCGAUCGGUGGGUAGGUAAGCUGAAAAAUUUGCCAGCAUCGCGAUUUCAAUUUCGAAUUGGAUCUUGGAAUUGCUUAUCUAAUCGCGCGAUCGUUCUUUAUGAAUGCCUCACGCCCCUGGCUUACGGUGAAAAAUUUGAAAUUGGAAAAAUUAAAGAAGAUUUUCAUUUCUCUUAUUUCCUUUUUUCAUAGUGGAAUUUUGGGAUAUCGGGAUUAUCUGAUACGACUCUCUCAUCUUCGAUUUCUUGUAUGAAAUAUUAAAAGAAAAAAAUCUUGCAUUACAAAUCAAAUAUAUUAUAUUCGCGACCGUCCGACAUCGGCGUGACGCAAAGGUACGCACAACGUAAUUCAAAAAACCGCGAGCUGUGCAAGACGGAUACGAGAGAGAGAGAGAAAAAAAAGAAGAAAAGCUAUCAAACACGCAAAGAUAAAAAAAAAGACGAGACGCUUCGACAGUUGAAAACAUAAAAAGAGCUCGAUAAGUCGACACAAAAAAAUAGUAAUGUAUAACGUCCCGAAGACAAUAUCUUUAACGAUUUUAUUAAAGGAAGAUUAUUCGAGAUUUACCUCGAGAGGAAGGCCUACGUUUUGCCACACGUGUGCACGAAAAUGAUAGAUUGUAGAAAGAUUGAUGUCGAGGAGAAAAAGAGCGAGAGCGAAAGCGAGAGGACGGAGGGAAAAGAAAUAACAAACAGAGGAACGAGAAGUUUUUACGAUGCAGGAAAAUUACUGAGAAAGGUGCUGUUUAAGUUUCGAACACCUUCGAGUUUCAUUUUUAAAUUGUAUCCAUUUGCUUUUGUCUUGUCUAAAUUACAUGCACAUAGUUUCUUAUAUACAUACAUAUUUACUUUGCAACGCUCACUUGUUUCCACUUGAAAUUUUUUUCUGUGCGUGUGUACAUAUAUAUAUAUAUACACACAUACACACACGAUCGUUUUUAAUUUACUUGAAAGAUCGCGACGAAAAAAACGGGCCGGUUCAUUUUGGAUUUACGUGACAUGCACGAAAAAUUUCACCACUGCACCCCAUGAAUUUUUUAUUUAUAUCACUUUCCCUCCCAAUGGAAAACUUAUCAAUAAGAGUAAAUCGACAAAAUGGUGAACACAAGAAGUACAAGAAAAAUCGUCAAUAUCUGUAUAGUAUAUCUCUAUCCCUGUCCAAUUAUCGUCGCUGAAUCACGGACCUCGAUGAGCCUCGUUAAAAAUCCAUCGUUCGGCCAAACGCAAAGGGGGAUCUCUUGCAAAUUUUUUCCAUCGGGAAUACUUUCAUUUCGACGUUAAAACGCACAUCUGUCAACGCGCGCUUUUAAUAGGUACCUUUAACGCGGAUCAUUAGCGAUCGAACGCGAGGUCUCUGAUUCCUCGCGCCAUCAUUUUCCAUGAAAUCAAUUGCCUACUUACUCCCGCUAUAUACAUACAUAUAUAUAUAUCCCCCUAGAAAGAAAAUUUCCUAUUUUUGUCUCCCGGAAGAUGUAUUAAUUCUGCGAGUAAUCCGAUGGAAAAAAAGAAGAAGAAGAAAAAAAGAAAAAUUCGAUCGAAACCUCAGAUUGCAGACAACCCUCUGCAACCCUGUUAAAACACUCCUUUCUUUGCGGGAAUAGCGGCAAGAAUAUCCUGUAGAAUAUUAUACGGCUCUGUUAAACCGCGUUGUUUAAACCAACCCUUGUUCAACCCUGAAACGAAAAGUAUUUUUGUAGAAAUACUCUUCGCGCCAGAUUUUAUCGAGAUGCAUACAUUAUUAUAUUGUAUUCUAUAUAUUAUAUUACAUUUACGUCAACGUGUACGUGCGUGUACAUAUUAUAUAUCAUAUUGUAUCAUCCUAUUCUGCUGGCAGAUUUCAUUAUAGUUAUUAUAUCGAAUGAAGAAAAAAAAAAACGAGACGAAAAAACGUUUGAAUUCGUCGCAUAUGAUAUGGCGUUAAAUUGAUCAUACAUAUAUAUAUAUAUAUAUACGCGUAUAUAAACGUCCUUAAAAAAGAAAAAAAAAGAAAAAAAAAAGAGGAAUACCUAUGCAAAAGUCUUCCUUUUAAAUCUGCACUGUAAAAUCGAAGUUCGAACACAACAACAGUUCUAGGAUUUAGUUAUAAAAAGAGUUGAUUUCGCGAGUGUACAUUACUUUCAAUUGAAUUUAUUAAAUCUUUUUCGGAUAGAGAGUUGCUCAAGCUAAUAUUUUGCGAAUUUUUUCAACGAUCGAAAUUAGUCGAAACGCCUAAUUAGUCGCUGUUAAUCUGUAGAUCAGACUUGCGACGCUCAAAGACUAACUUAAUGAUUAAUCAAAUAAUUAAUCGUAUUACUUUGUUUUAGAUCCUUUCGAGAAAUUGUAUUGUCGGGGGUUUAUUUCUCAGUUUCCUUUUCAAAUUCUUCUUUAUGGUACUAAAGAACUUCGAGAGAGAUAACUCCAUAAAUAAAGCGAGAUAGAUACGCUUGCAUAUUAUAUGCAUACUCAUCAUAAUUAUCAAUUGAUAAACUCUUUCGUCCGUGUUUCGAUUACCAAUUGAACAGUUUCACUUGUAUUGGAAAGAGACGAGCUGCGAACGAGGAACCAACUCGAUGACCAUGAUACUCUUGUAGACGAUUCAGCCAAACAUCUUCUUGCUUUUAUUUAUAAAAAAAAAUUUCAAAUUUGCAUUUGAAUGAAUUCGUCAGUUCAUAUCGUCAGUUGAUCCCGUUUAAACUUUGAUAUUACGAUUUUUAUGAAUAUUUGCAAUGCCAAUAAUCAAACUUGAGGAACUCGAGCGUGCUUUUGAGUAAAGCGAACGAGAUCUCAACAAGGAUUCGCGUCAAAUGGAUGAUCAUGGAUCGUAUAUAAUAAAAAAGAAAACAGGGGAAACGAAAAUUAUUUGAUAUCAGGACGAAUUGAAGAUGAUGAUUCGAAGGUAAUCGAAUAAAAAAUAUAUAUUGUUAGAGGGAGAGAGAAAGAGGAACCUCGUUAACUUAGGUAUAUAAUAAUUGUAAAAUCGUUAAAUAAAUGUUGCAUUAAUCGCCUCGUCUUGACGAAACAAUACAAGUGAAUCACUCUGAAAGAUUCAGACUUUUUUUGUUCGACAACGAGACGGGUUCUCGGAUCGAUUGUAUAAUCGAGUAUUAUCUAUGUUUCUCAUCCGUUGGCUGACGUGAAAAAAAGUAACAAGUACCUGCGCUUUAUGACGAGAUCACGAGUGAUUCUCAAGAAACGAGAAGGAGAAAAUUGAUCGUAUUGAAUCGUCCACCAAUGAUUAUUAUUAUUAAGAAGAGGAAGAAAAAUCGAAGCGAAAGAUUGCAUCGUUGAAGAUUCGUGGGAGAAAAAUUUGAAAAUGCACGAUCGAGAUUACGCUUUUUUUUUUUUACGUGCGUGCCAUCGUUUAAAGAGUACAUAAAAAUGGCCAAUACGAGAAUUAUUAUGUAUCAGAGUUCCGAAUGAUAAUCAUCGCGAAUUUUUUGAUCUGUCGUGUGAUUUAUGUUUGUACGCGUACGAUGCGUAACGUAAUGACAUCUUCGCGCGUUGAUCCGAGGCAUCUAAAGAAAAAAAUUCUUAUCCCUGUUUCAUUUAAUAUCGAAGAUUUGGGAAAAAAAAAGAAAGAAAAGAAUGAAAAUUCGAAACAAUUUCUUUAGAUGUCCGGAUAUACAUAUACAUAUACGCAUUGCAAUUCUUCCCUCGUAUAAUUUACGCUAUUGUAUCGCGCGCAUGCGUUUUCUUUUCAUUUCGCUUGACGUAAAAGCGAGUUUUUAAGUUAUAGUUAUCAUUGCAGCUAGGCAAAUACAUUAUAUCGUUGAGAAAUGCAAUCCAAAUACAAAAUGAUGGUCAAGAAUAAUAUUAUUGUAAUAAGGAAACGUCUUUCAUUACUUUAUUAAAUGAUCGCGAGUACAAGUUAUAGUUAAAAAUAUACAUAUGUGUGUGUAUAUCCAAUUAUAAAGCAAAUUGAUGGGAGACCCUUUCUUGGUUCUUCGUGGGGUGCAAAAAUGACCAGUAGUAGAGGGAUGUGUGUAAUGGUUAAGGUUGUGGAGGCGAGGAUAAGGUGUGAGUAAGCAAGGGGUGAAGAAUUAUUCUUCGAGGUGUAUUAAAGGAGGGGGGGAAAAUAAAAAGAAAAAAAAAAAAAAACUAUAUAGCGUAAAAAAACUAAGUCAAGCAGAGAUAUCGCAUUGUGAAUGAGAAUAUUUAUAUUUUUACUUGAGAAAAUGUUAUAAAUAAAACGUUUGUAACGUUGUAUAAUUCCCAAUUCCCGAUAAGGAAUGUUUAUAACGUUAUUUUUCUAGAUCUAUAUAACUAAAUACUUGCUACUUGUGUUAUGACGAAACGUGCUUUAACAAAGCGUCAGGCAAGCGAGAUUGUAUUCGUAGAUGCAAUACGUAUUACAUUUAUCCAUUUGUACACGUAUUGCGUUUACUUUAAUUAUUUCACUAUCUUUCUAUCCCUCUAUAAGUAACGUGUAUAUCUGAUUACAGGUGUAAUAGCAAUUCGACGAGUUACAAAUUUUGUCGCGGGCGCUCAUCUGCACGUAAAAUAUAAUUCGAUGUGUUUCUCGCGGUGUUCGUUGCAAUUUUUAUUGCUGUAAAUUCAAAUAUUAUUUAUGUUUAAGUUUAAGAGAUAUCUCUAUCUGUACGAUUAAUUGAAACGUUUGUGAUCAUUUAUUACUAAAACAUAAUAUUUUUACAGGAGAACGUUAACUUCCCUUGUUCUCUUUCGAGUCAAACUCGGUGAUUAAUUUCCUUCUCGCUUAAAAGAAAAAAAAAAGAAAAAUUGAUCGAUCGAAAUUAUAUUUAAAAAAUAAUAAUAAUAAAAUUGGCUAAUAAAUCGAUACGUAUAACAAGAAAAAAACAACGUGUAAAACACGAUAUAUGAAAAACAAACUCUUUUCUUUCGCUGUAUACCUUUUUGCUUUUUCGUUUGAAAGCGAUUGAUAGAACAGAGUGGAAAGACGAGAACACUGUUAGUUAUUAACGAUAAAAUUUUAUUAUGCAUCUUUUAACAUUUCUAUUGAUCUACUGUGACGAUUUAUUAAAAAUGUUCCUUUAUAUCUUCGUGGAAGAUAUUUUGUUCUCUAACUGCGGUACCUGCGAUUGAUGGUUCUUAAUCAGAUUUGCUCCACUCACGUUUCGUCGUAAAGUGGAAAAAAAAAACGGAAGUGCUGGAAAUUGUGGCGAGAGUGCAGUAUGUAUGGUGUUAGCUGUAUGAAAUCAUGUUACGUGUAUUGUUAUGUACUGUAAGAUUAGAAUACAUCAUAAAAUGGUGAUGGCGUGUACUGCUGGAAUGUAAUACAUGUAUCGAGUUAUCCCUAAAUACAGCCAUUUUAUAAUGGA